AUGGCUGGUUUUGUCGCCAUGAUUUCCGUCUUUGUUGUGGUGGUGGUAGAGAUGUUUUUUGCCAUGAAAGGAGCAGGCCAUGUUCAUGGGAGUGAGUAUGACCAUUUGAUUAGUGAUGUCGGUGGGGACACUGCAAGCAACUAUCAAAAUGAGGGUUCCGAAUAUUUACAAGAGUCAACGGAGAAUAUUCACCUCGAGGGCAUGCCGAACGGAAGCUGUACACGUAGCCUGCCGCAAUCCUCCCGUCACCUGCUGAGUGACUCAACAGACGACGGUAGUCUGUCACAAUCUGCGAGUUUGAUUGCGCAAAAAGAGGAUGUAGGGGCUAGCCUUGAGGGACCAGACUCUUAUGAUGAAUCACGUACGAAUGCGCAUCAAAGCCCUUAUCCGCACUCCGAGUUGGGUCGGCCUUCGCCGGUUAUAUCGCGUGAACAGCCGAACGCCUUGUCCAUACAGAACCCGCAACGUCAGUUACUCCAGUGUCUUUUGCUCGAAGCUGGAAUACUCUUUCAUAGUGUUUUUAUUGGCAUGGCCCUUAGUGUUGCAACAGGGACGUCAUUCAUUGUACUACUCGUGGCCAUCUGCUUCCAUCAGACUUUCGAGGGUUUUGCUCUUGGCUCACGUAUUGCAUCACUUAUUCCGGACCUUUUUGCCCCAUCCUCCAUGAAGCCAUGGCUCAUGUCACUUGCAUAUGGGACUACAACACCCAUCGGCCAAGCCAUCGGUCUUAUUUUACAUAACCUAUAUGAUCCAACGAGCACUACUGGUUUGCUUAUGGUUGGUAUUACGAAUGCGAUAAGCAGCGGGCUUCUGCUGUUCGCUGGGCUAGUUGAGCUUUUGGCUGAAGACUUUUUGAGUGAGUCAAGCUACGCAACCUUACAUGGUCGAAAGCGCGUUGAAGCAUGUAUAGCAGUUGCCUGCGGGGCUUUGUUAAUGGCGUUAGUUGGUGCAUUUGCCUAG